CUUUUGCGUUCGCGUCACGUUGUUUUUUUAUUUCAUUUUAUAAUUACAAACAAUUCGAGUUCACAUGCAAACAUCCGAAAAUCGUCUGCAAAUUUUGCGAAAAAAGUUCAUAUAAAAAAUUAAAGACAGUAAAUAUGGCGCGUUUGCCGUCAAUAUCAGCAAACUCGGAUCCUGCAUGCAUAAACGUUAAUGGCAGCAACAAUCCCAGCAAUGAAAAAGAGGAUGGAGUCGAAGAUAAUACAAAAACCAUUAAUUGUACCGUUUGUUCUCAAACAUUUGAUAAUCUGAAAGAGUGCUUGAAGCAUGAGCUUUUACAGCACGGCACCAAAAAAGUAAACCGACCCCAGAAGUCCCUGCGCAAUAAGGUCAAUGCUGUACUCAAUAACCUUAAAUCUGAUGAUCAGCACGCCAGAUUAAGAGAUGCACUUCGAAAGUGUGAACCGGGUCAAGAACUUUCAAGUAUUUUUAAAUUUCAUCGCAUGAAUGAUGAAAACCUUGAGCUGGUAUAUGAGCGCAUAAACGCUUGUUUGAAAAAAGAGCUGCAGUCAUUAAGAGCUUUAAACAUUUAUCCUUUCGGCUCGUUUGCUAGCGCAUUAGCAUUGCGUGACAGCGAUAUAGACCUCUACAUUGAGCAUGCAGACGGCAUUCAAACAGAACACUCGACCAACUGGAGUCAUAAGAGCCCCUCGCAACGUAGCAUCUUCAAUCGAAUCAACAAUAUUUUACAUCGUAGCAACUGUUUCAGUGAUGUAUUUGCUAUACGACAGGCCCGUGUACCAAUUAUCAAAUGUAAGCACACACCUACUGGAUUUAGUCUGGACAUAAAUUUAUCUUGCCCCAGUAGUGUGCAUAACACAAACUUUCUGCGCGAUCUCUUACAAAUUGAUACGCGAUUCCAUGAAUUAAUGAUUUUUCUGAAAGUGUGGGCUAAGCAGUUGCAGUUGAUUGGACGUGGAAAUAUGACCAGCUACUGCUUAAUUACCCUGGUUAUAUUUUAUUUACAGCAAGCACCGGCUUUGCUGCCGUCGAUUAAGAAGCUACAAGAAAAUGUCCCUGACCGCAUGGUGGUUGGUGUUAAUUACGCCUACGAUUUAAAUAUUAUUCCAACACUGCCACGUGAAUUGACCACCUCAAAACUAAUCAAAGGCUUUUUCAAUUAUUAUCGCAGUUUUGAGUUUGAAAAAUCCUUAAUAGCUCCUUAUCUAGGAGAAGCGGUUCCGCUUGAAAAAUUUAAGGAUGGUACAUUUGAUUAUCCAGCUUAUCAUAAUCAGCUACGCGUCAUGACCAUAUUAAAUGGUAAGCCAGUAGAGCCGUUCCAGACUGAACGUUGCGUUUGUGUACAAGAUCCUUUCUCACUAAAUCACAAUGUUGGUAAAUCGAUCGCUCCACCUAAUUUGGAAUAUUUUCGCAAUUGCAUGAAUCAUGCUUGUAGCGUUUAUCAGGACCACAACAUAUCCACUGAUGCUCAACGAUACGAGGCGCUACUUUACGGCAUUAUAGAGAAUAUUGCACGCACGGCAGGGGUGAAUCCCACAUGUGCAGUGAAGAACAUAAACCAGAAGACUACAGAAAUCAUUGCCACCAAUACAACUGGUAUCGUAAGUAGUAAUAAUUUACCCAACGAAUUGAGCUAUCGUUUUAGCCCGUCACGCACUGAAUUGCGUGUCAUUGCCAUGCUUGAUAAUGCAAAUAAUUCAAAAACACUACAUGAAUUAUGGGUUCAGUACUACCUCGAAGCCAUACCAGAAAUCAUAACGGAUAUUUACUGCCUAGACAUGCAAUCAGCUACGCCCACACAUCGCGAUAAACAUCAGCGAUUAGAAAAUACUGAUCGCACACACACUUGGCUGCUAAGUGGCUCUGUUGAUCAGUGGACAGGGCGUUUACAUCAACGUUUUAACAAUAAAACUUUCAUGGAAUUGCAGUUGGAGCAAACAAGAAAAUUUGCCGAAGAACGUCGUCAGAAUGCAGCAUUUGCUGUACAGUUAAAUGCCACCUUAAUUCUAAACGUAUUAAGCGAUUCUGCGGCAAUUGAAUUGAUUCUCACACCACGUCAUACAAAAGGCAUUGGUUUAGUAAAAAAAGACCCUUUGCACCCUUUGCGUAAAUUUUUUAUGAUGUUCAAAUGCAGUAUGCAGAAUUUUAAUUUAAAAGAGAGGCUACAGGCGAGAGGACAAACAAAUUUUUAGAUGCUGGAGUUGGCUAUUUAAUUUGGACUAUCUUAUUUAAAUUUUAUAUAUGAAGUAGGUUUAUUGACUUAUUUACGUACAUACAUAUAAAGCAAAUAGUGACACGCUAGGAAUUCAAUUAAUUUUGCAUCCGACAAAACGUUAAACCAAAACGUUAGCAUUGUACUUGAAUUUGUAAUUGUUUUAGAAUUUUUACUCUUACAUACAUAUAUACUGGUAUAUAUCAGGGAUUGGCGUAAUCGGGAAAAUUAAUAAUUGAAUAAAAAAAAUUUUGAAUGACGAAUAAAUUUUUAUUCUUCAUUCAAGCACUUGCGAAUGAUGAAUAAAUUUUUAUUCAUCAUUGAAGUAAUUUCAAAUAACGUACAUCCAUACAUAUGUACUGGUAUAUAUGUGCUUGCUUUUGUAAAAUAUUGCUUGAAUAAAGAAAGAUUACAUUGGAAGUAUAUUUAGGAAUACAUAAAUAUUUAUGUAUGUAUAUGUUUUUAUGUACACAAAAAUAAUGAACUGCCCAGUGGAAUCAGAAAUAAAUAAAUGAUUACU